UGACUUUCAAAAUGGCGCUGAAGGGGAGUGUGUUUGCGACCAGAGCUCGUGCAGGAUCAUCUAAAUUGGCCACACAAUACGAUGCAGACGGCAAUGAAAUAGAGUUUGAUGUGAGGGAGGAUGAAGAGCAAAAUGUUAAGUUGGGACAAACUAUCGACCUGUUGUUGGCUGCCGGAUAUUUCAGGGCCAGGAUAAAGGGUCUCUCUCCAUUUGAUAAAGUGGUUGGAGGAAUGACAUGGUGUAUCACUACCUGUAAUAUAGACAUUGAUGUCGAUCUUUUGUUUCAAGAAAAUUCAACAAUUGGACAGAAGAUUGCCUUAACAGAGAGAAUUGUGGCUGUCCUUCCUAAGAUGAAAUGUCCACACAGAAUUGAACCACAUCAGAUCCAGGGCUUAGAUUUCAUUCAUAUCUACCCCGUAGUUCAGUGGUUGGUGAAGAAGGCCAUUGAAACCAGGGAAGAGAUGGGAGAUUUUAUCCGUGCUUUCUCAAUAUCUCAAUUCAGUAAAACACACAAGACACCAGAGGAUGUUGUAUUUGAAGAACUGAAAGAAAAGUCUACGACCUCCCUGUCUAAUGUCAAGGAUGUUUACAAGCCCCAGAGAAGAUACAAAAGACAAAAUGUGGAUCAACUAAAGGAUGAGGAGACUCGUGUUCAUUCCACACUGCUGGAAUAUGGCAGGAGGUAUGGUUUGAGCAAGUCUGACACUACUGAACAGGAUGCUGACAAGAGUGCUAAAAAGAAAGCAGCAGCCAGUAGUCUUGGAGGUCAAAAGGAAAUGACCCCAGAGGAACUCCAGGCUGAAGAAGAGAAGAAAAUACAGAAGCUGAUGUCAGGAAUGUCUGGCUUUCAGGAGAGAGGAAAAAGACAGGAUAAAUUAACAGCGAGUGCCGUGGGAUCUAUAGUAGGCAUGCAGUCAGAAGAGAUCCAACAAAUUGCCUCCCAUUACGAAGGAAAAAAAUCUGAGAUAGAACAAAUAGAAAAAUCUGAAAGAGUUGGUGGAACCCAGCAGCACAAGAGAAUGACAGCUGCCCUGAAUAAACAGAUACAACAAAAUACGGACAAACUACAACAGGUUAAAGCCAAGCAUGAUGAGCUUCAUAAGGUCUACCUCGAAACUCAAGAAAAGCUCAAACAGGUGAGGAAUCGGAGUGAGAGAAUCGGUGAGGAGAUGGUGAAACUGACCGAGAUAGAGACAGAGGAAAAUCAAGGAGUUUUACAAACUCUACGGACAUUGGUUGCUAUGAAUGAGAACUUAAAGAAACAAGAACAGGACUUUAAAGCUCAUUGUAAAGAAGAGAUGUCUAGACUGAAGGCUCAGAUUGAGGAUCUGAAGGCAGGAACUGAGGAGGAAGAUUCUGAAGACAAGACCCGAGCCAGUUUGAUUGACAAGCAGUACGAAGCUGACAGAGAAAAACUCCACAAGAUUAGGCUGCUCCUGGCCAGGAAGACGCGGGAAAUUGCUGUUCUCCAGAGAAAGAUUGAUGAAGUGCCAUCUAGAGCUGAAUUAAGUCAAUACCAGCGGCGAUUUGUUGAGCUGUAUGAUCAAGUUUCUGCCACCCACAAAGAAACAAAGCAGUUCUACACUCUGUACAACACACUUGAUGACACUAAACUCUACCUGAACAAGGAGAUCAGUCUACUUAACUCAAUCCAUGAUAACUUCCGACAAGCCAUGGCUAGCCCAGCAUCCAGGGAGCAGUUCCUGAAGCAGUUUGAGAACAUUGUGGAGGGGAUCAAACAAAAUAAAGCAAAGCUUGAAAAACGUAAACAAGAAGAGAAGAUGAAGAGAGACCAGCUGAACGAUCAAUAUUUAGACCUCGUAGAAAAACAGCGACUCUACUUCAAGACGGUGAAGGACUUCAAAGAGGAAUGUCGAAGAAAUGAAAUGCUGCUUAGUAAAUUAAAGAAGUGAUAAUGAGAUUGGAAUGACUUGGCCAUGUGGAGCACUUCAGAGUGAAUGGCACCUGUAACAUUUAUAUAACAUAAUAAUGAUAACAGUAUACAAUCAUGAUAAAUGUGCUGUUUUGUUGAGCUUCAAUAAAAAGUAAUGAAUCAC